CAGCACAUUUUGUUGCAAGCAGUGCCCACCACAGUACUAAAAGCCUCAAACAACAAUCAGCUGCUGCUCUUGUUUUGCAUUAUCACCGAGAACAUGUCAAAAGUCAGCACCUGUUUGAAAUAUUUACUGAUGAUUUUCAACUUUGUGUUUGGGGUUGCUGGGGGUGUCUUACUAAUCUUAGGGAUAGUUGCCAAGAGAUACCACAUAGCUGAGCCAGAGAGGGACACACUGAAUUAUCCCAAGGAUGUUGCCAUUGUCAUUGGGGGGAUCACCAUGGCAAUUGCAUUUUGUGGAGGGUAUGGUGCCAAGAAGGAGAACAAAUGUAUGCUGGGUCUGUUUUUCACUGGACUGUUAAUCUGCUUAAUUGUCCUGCUCAUUGUUGCUGUACCCAUGGCCAUGUUCAAAUCGAAGGUAUUUGAGGAGAUUGAAACAGGCUUUAGAAAUCACAUUCCUCUGCUUGAAAAGGCCGGCACAUCUUGGGAUAGCUUGCAGAAGGGCGGUGAGUGCUGUGGACUGGUCAAUGGUUACGAAGACUGGGGAAGUCAAAUCCCAGACUCAUGCAACUGUGUGGCCUUCAGCGCUUCAGACUGUGUUGAGGUGCAGGAAAAGAGGUCCUGGUUGACAAAUUACGACCUUCCCAGAAAGGUGUACAAACAGCCUUGUAUGUACGUGGUGUUUGAAAUAUUGGAGCUUGCUUUUAAAUUGUUUCUUGGAUUCACCUUUGGAUUCGCAGUCAUUGCGUUGAUUGGUAUGAUCCUGUCAAUGACAAUGUACUGCCAGGUGAGAAAGAAAAGCAACUACAGUAAUGGAAAUCUACCACCACAAUACUCUGAGAUUAUUAAAAAUGCAGGAUACUACUAGCGUCGCCUAUUGCUUUAUUGAUGGAUCAUUAUUCAAGUGGAAUUUUAAUAAUGUGCUGUUUCGUGCUUUAAUAACUUUGCUUCAUGCUUUCUCGUUAGCUUCUUUGGUAAUGGUUUAAACGUCACAUUGCUAUGUGCUUUGUCUGUUAGAGGAAGACUUCAGUCAGUAAAUAUUAAAGAGCUACUAGUG